UUCUUAGUGAUUUCUUGAUGCCCAUGCAUGCUGUGUUAAAUAUGUUCUUGCAUAUAUAGGUUUUUGGACCAAUUCAAUUCUUCAAAGUUCACGUUCAUCUGCUAUUUAUUCGGAUGAAUUGUGAAACAUCUCUGUCAUGUCAUCGAUCUCAUUUGUAUUUAUUAUGUAAGACGUUACAGAUUUAACUAGAUCUUUAUAUUUGUACAGGGAGAUUUUCAGUUUUAUUUCAUUUUGACAAAUAGAGAGAGUAAGAGACAAAAUGAAAACCCAUUUAAGCACCAGUAACGUCUCUGCUGGAUUGCUUGAUGAACUUGUUAGACGAUGCGUUGCAAGAAUUUGAAUGACUCCAUUACUUGACCCAUGGCAUUUUAACUGAGAACAUCAGAUUAUUGAAAAUGAAAAAGGAAAAGAAGUUGAGUGUUAGGCACUUUCCAAUUGUCACCAGUCCCGGUUCUUUGUCGUCAUGCUGACAUCUGCAUUUGAGAAAAAAAGAAAGAAGUUGAUCAAUUUCUUUCAUUUCCCUUUCCCUUGAUAAAUCCAAGAUUGAUCCAAACAUAACAUUAUCGUGUUCAAUAGGUGAAAAUGCUCUUUUUUUUUAAUUAUAAUUUCCUGUGGUCUAUUAAAACAUUAAUCUACGAUGGAAACUUGGUUUGUACUUUAACUGUUGUCAUCGGCAUAUACAUAUAUAGCUCAUCUCAUGUUAACAUAUCCCUUUGACAACAACUCAAAGACAACUUGUCAUGCUCAAAAUACAUUGUAAUUACCAUCACAAUGUCUAGUGGCAUGGUAAACUUCCAAGACGCUAUUUUCCUCAUUCUGAUCGACAGCUCUCUUUUAUGUUGGUUUCUCUUAAUUACUAUACUUGAAGCUAAAAUUCCCUUUCGACUAACUUGUUUAUUGAAUUUUCCUAAGAACAUGCCCUUGUCAUCAAUGUACGACAAUAUGUGAACCUUUUGCAACCUUAUUGUUAUAGACAAAGCUAUCUAGCCAUUAUAAAAACCAUGUUUAUCAUUACCUCAUCCCCUCCAAAGGUGGCUUUUCUCUUGGAAGAUAAUUCACUUGUAAACAAUGUCGAUUCUUGUUUCAAGCUGGUCUAAGGAAGCUCAAGCAGUGCCAGCAAACUAUGUUUUCCCACCGGAAAUAAGACCUGGAGACCUUGCAGCGCCUGUAUGCAAGGGCAUUCCAGUCAUUGAUCUGGGACAAAUAGGGGGUCAUGCACGAGCAGAAUUGCUUGAGAAAAUUAUAAAAGCUAGCCAAGAUUUUGGAAUGUUUCAGGUGAUCAACCAUGGAGUAUCAGAAGGACUAAUGGAUGACACAAUGAGUCUGUUCAAGGAGUUCUUUGACAUGCCUGUAGAAGACAAAGCCGCAUACUAUUCCGAGGACAAGAGUAAGAGCUUCAGGCUCUACACAAGUGGUCAGAAUUACUUGAAAGACAAGGUUAACUACUGGAAGGAUUCAAUGAAACACUCUUGUCACCCUUUAGAGGAUCACAUCCAAUCUUGGCCUGAAAAGCCAGCUAGAUACCGAGAGGUUGUUGGGACAUAUUCAGCAGAAGUGAGGAAGUUAAGCUUGAGGAUUUUGGAUCUGAUUUGUGAAGGAAUGGGAAUUGAAAUGGGUUAUUUUGCAGAUGAACUGAGCAAAAGCCAGUCACUAGUGAUCAAUCAUUACCCUCCAUGUCCAAACCCAAGUUUGGUCUUGGGAGUAGGUGGACACUGUGACCCCAACCUCAUAACCAUACUUCUCAGCAUGUGUAUGGGCUUCAGAUCUUCAAGGGUGAGCAAUGGGUCGGUGUUGAAUCUCUCCCUCAUGCAUUUGUUAUCAACAUAGCUAACCAGCUAGAGAUGACCAGCAAUGGGAAGCUAAAAAGUGCUAAACAUCGAGCAGUGACAAACUCAAGCAUUGCUAGGACGUCCAUAGUCACUUUUAUUUCUCCAUCUAGAGAAUGCGUCAUAGAACCUGCAAAAGCACUUGUUAGCGUAUGCAGUCCCCCGCUGUUCAAAGCUGUUCAAUAUAAGGAGUUCAGUGACACUUACAUGGCCAAGACUCAUGAUCCUAACAGUACAGCAGUGGAGUCCUACAAGUUCCAAGCUAAAGUUAUGUUGUGUUGAAGGAAAAUGCAGAUCAAAUAACACAAGCCAUACGCGGUUUGCUAUAAUAAAUUAAACUGCUUGGUUACAUUCUUAAAAUAAAACACAAUUCAGUUUGGUGAAGCAGCUCAAUCCAAUUAAUUCCCAUUCAAGAGGGCUUCAAUUGCUAUGAGGUUUGACAGAGUAAAGUAUAUCUUUUUCCUUUGUGAAUUUUGUCUUAGUUGUACAAUGUGUUUUUAAUAUCAAUUUCAAUUCAGAUAAUUGGUUGGUUUUUUUAGUUU